AUGUCAAGAAUCACAAGUUACAAGAAGACGUGGAGAAGGUGGCUGAUCAAUACAAUACAUUUGAUCCUUCAACUAGAAUGCCUCGUUCAUGGACUCUCGAGAAAGAAACGCAGAAUAUGGUGGAGAUAUCAUUUAUCCAAAAAGAAUAUCUUGCAGGCUGCCGAGAUUUCGGUGGAUAAAGAUCGAGUUUACGAGUUUUCAAGCUCGUAUGACAAUCCCCUACGAGAUCACCACCAACGACCACUGGUGUAUUUGUUGUUUGUAAACAUGGAUAUGUCACUUGAUCAUCGGGUCGUCCUGAGGAUCGUCAAUGAUCUGAGGAUCGUCAAUGAUCUGAGUAUCUCGAGGAUCAGCCAGAGAUGUGAAAGUUCUAGUUGGAUGAGGGACUCGACCUCGAUUAUGUGA